AUGGCCGCCUUAAGCAGUGUUAACCUGAAGACAUUGGAAGAUUUGACGUUGGAUUCGGGAUACGGCGCGGGAGACUCAUACCACUCCCUCAGCCUCUCAUCGUCCAAGUCCAACUCUCAGCUCAUCUCCACUGCUUACCGGGCAAACCGGUGCCGCCGCUCCGCCUCCACCAACAGCCGCAACGACAGCUGGGACUCCGUGAACACAGUACCGGAAGAACCGGAGGACAUCUUCUCCAGAUGCCCGCGAUUGCCAGACCUCGAAGAAUUCCCCUGGACGGACGACGAGGUGGAUUGCGUGCUGCGUAAAGUCUCUGGAGAGCGCGAGCCCUUAGCUUUUACGCGUGACAUUGUACGCUCUGUGUCCAAGCUGCUGCGCCGUCCGCUGUUGCGCGUGGCGCGCGAGGCGCAGAGACUGAGCGUGCUGCGCUGCAGGUGCACGCGGUACGAGGUGCAGAGCGCCGCGCGGCUCGUGCUCAGCUGGCCGCUCGCAGACGCAUGCGUCUCGGCCGCAGCGAGCGCCAUGUCCCUGUACAGCAUGAGUGCAGGAGAACUGCUGCGUAGGAGCAAGUCAUCGCGUUGUGGUCUCAUCCUAUCCGUCGGUCGCUUCUUCCGCUGGAUGGUGGACACUCGGGUGUCGGUGCGCGUCCACGAGCACGCGGCCAUCUGCCUGGCCGCGUGCAUGCAGACUCUCAUGGAGGAGGUCGGUGCCAGGGUGCUGACAGCGUGUGACGCGGGUCAUUUCGGGUGUCCAGUGCCCACAGAGGUCCUGGAAGCAGCAGUGAACGGCGACCCCGAGCUUUACGGGCUCCUGCAGAACUAUGAGCAUCUGAUCUGCGGGAAAAACGCCAACGGUGAGCUCUCCCUGCCAGCCCACUUCAGCCCGUAUGCUGAGGGUCAUAGUCCAGGGUCAGAGGCCAGACAUGAAACGUGUGUUCAGAUGGAGGUGCGGACGCUGGAGCAGGCCUUGCUGGCCACCUGUGCGGGAAGCAUCUCGGAGCUCAGUGACCUGGUAUCCCGCGCCAUGCGCCACAUGCAGCGUCUGCUCUCAGGGGGAUGCGUCCUCAGUCCUGGCCGUCCCAGCCACAAGCAGCAGCUCUCCUGGUCUCCUGAUGCCUUGCACACUCUCUACUAUUUCCUACGCAGUCCACAGAUGGAGUCUAUGGAGAAUCCAAACUUGGAGCCACCCAGGAUGGCCCUGAGCAAAGAAAGGCCGUUCCCUUUACUUCCCCCUCUGAUGGAGUGGAUGCGUGUUGCAAUGGUUCACGCCGAGCAUCGGCGGAGUCUGUUAGUGGACAGUGAUGAUGUGAGACAGACAGCCAGGCUGCUCCUACCCGGUCUGGACUGUGAACCCAGACAACUUAAGCCAGAGUGCUGUUUCAACUCCUUUAAGCGUUUGGACUCGAAGUCCGCAUUAGAUAAGUUCAACCUGGACCUGGGUUUCCGCAUGCUCAACUGCGGACGCACGGAUCUGAUUGGUCAGGCCAUCCAGCUGCUAGGUCCUGAUGGAGUAGACACUAUGGACGAUCAGGGCAUGACUCCUCUGAUGUAUGCCUGCUCAGCAGGAGAUGAAGCUCUGGUCCACAUGCUCAUUCACGCAGGCGCUAAUCUGGAUAUAGGGGUACCAAGCUGCUCAUCCAAACACCCAUCUGUUCACCCUGACAGUCGCCACUGGGUGGCACUAACCUUUGCUGUGCUGUAUGGAAAUUUAUCAGUGGUACAGCUGCUGUUGGAUAUGGGGGCCGACGUGGAGGGCCGUGAUCACAAGAGUGGGCACCAGUGCUCAGCAGAGACACCACUCCAGCUGGCAUCUGCUGCAGGAAACUAUGAGAUGGUCAGCCUGCUCUUGUCCCGUGGUGCAGACCCCAUGUUUCGAGUGCACAGCGGGAGUUCUCUGACAUCACUGUAUGAGGAUAUGAACUGCUUCAGUCAAGCUGCAGCACAUGGACACAGGAACGUGCUGAGGAAGCUACUGAGCCAGCCCAGGCGGUUGCAGGAGGAUGUGCUUUCUCUGGAGGAGAUUCUGGCUGAAGGUGUGGAACAGGUACAGAGGCCAGAGCGUCACUCUGUAUCCAGUCCCAGUGUGGGGAUAGUUCCACCGCUGACCAAGGCCCGAAUCCGAGCCCUGCAGGAGGCCAGCCUUCACAGCGCAGAGCACGGCUACCUGGAUGUCACCAUGGAGCUUCGAGCACUGGGUGUACCAUGGAGGUUACACAUGUGGCUGGAGUCUCUGCACACAGCACAGCUUCAGUCCAGAACUGAGUUAACUCUCUCCCUCCUGAACGACUUCAGCUCUCUGUGGGAGGAGAAACACUGCGAGGAUCUGAUCUCUGAUGGCCUUCCACUGCUCUUCUCCAUCAUCACAACCACCAAGAAUAAAGAGAUCCGUGAGAAGCUGGGAUCUGUGUUUAGUCACUGCUUUGGCUCUGCUCCUCUGCCUCCUAUUCCAGACCUGAGGAACACAUCAGCAGCUCAGCUAGACAUCCAUUUCCUGAAUAACUCCGAGAUGUCAGAUGUGACGUUCCUGGUGGAAGGCAGGCCAUUCUACGCACACAGAGUGCUCCUCAUGUCUGCAUCACAGAGGUUCAAAGAUUUGCUCAGCUUUAAUGAAUCAAAUGGCACAGAUCAUAUUGUCGAGAUCACGGACCUCAAGCACAGCACUUUUCAGAUGCUGAUGUCUCACCUGUAUGGUGGAGGAGCAGAGAACUCGGAUGCAGCCAUCUCUGAUAUGUUAGAGCUCCUGCCAGUGGCUGACUCCUUCCAGCUCGGGGCUCUGAAGAGGGUGUGUGAGAUACACAGCGCUGAGCGGAUGACCGUCCAAAAUGCCGUGUCCAUCUACCAUGCAGCUGUGGCAAGUGAUGCGAUGGAGCUGGCUGCCUUCUGCCAAAGCUUCUUCCUGCAGAAUAUGCCCGUCAUGCUGCAGAGACGAGACUUUGAAGAGCUGCUGCUGGGACCCAGGUGCAGAGAAACUCUGGAGGACCUGCAGGAAGCCCUUAUCUUCAGACUUCGCUCUCUGUGCCGCUCAGGAACAGGGUGAAGGGAAUGGGAUAAUCCGAGAGUCGGGUCUGGAACGUUGGACAGAUAGGCAGUGUCUUCUUUCAGCUCACUUCUCCAUGCUGUUGGAGCUGAAUCUAUCAACUGUCUAGAGGUGAAUUUUGGACAUUAAACUCAUUUAUGCAAUUUAAUACUUUCCUAUAAAAUGGCACACAUACAGUAUCCAUACAGCAAGAAAGCAGAUGCCAUACAAUAGUGCCCUCUAGUGGAUAAAAUGUGAAUCAAAUACUUGUGUUUAAGAUGCAGGGUGGCCCAAAAGUCCGAAACCAAUGAGAGAAAGACUACAUAUACUUAAUUUUGUAUUUAUUAUUAUUAUUACUAACAACAUAUACUCUACAUGUGCACCCUUACACUCAGAUUCCCAUUGGUUCCUGACUUUUCAGACACCCUGUAGUAUAACCUGUACAUACUUUUCUAUACAUAGCGUUUUAUAGUGUAAAUAUAUGUAUUGUGUGUAUUACACAAGUGGCAUGCUGGUACUUUUUAACCAUUUGUAAAGACUAAUUUAUUGUAUAUAUAAUAGUUUGUACUCAUGCUU